UGGAGGGUCAAUGAGAUUUUGUGUAAAUAACUAAUAGUGCUAAUAGUGUGCAUCCAGUAGGAAUUGAACCUACGACUUCGCCAAUUAUGAGUUGGGCGCUUUAACCACUUAGCUAUGGAUGCUUAAACGAGACCAUCAUCUAUAAAAAUUGAAAAUUAAAAUAUAAUAAUUAUGGUAAUUAUGAAUCUUGGAAUUGCAAAUAAAAAAAAAAUGAUAUUUUAUUUUAUAUGAUAGGAUAUGAUAGGAAUAGAGAAUCUAAUAUUCAAUAUCGAAUUACAGCAAAAAAUAUUACAUAAAAAAAUGUCGUUUAAAUAAAGAAUUUCGGAAAUCUGAAAUACUAAACAAAGACUCUAUUUAUCAUUUCUAUUUUUACAUUAAAUAGUCAAUAGUCAAUUAUAUAAAACAAGUACUUAAAAUUUUUGCAUAAAAUCUUAUGGAGGUAUGAGAUGGAACCUAAGCAAAACAAGUUCUGGAUUCUAGAAUUACGAGAGAUACUGAGAGAGAUUAAAAAAUCAAAAUAUUUUUUAGAUUCAUGGACCCAAUUGAAUUCAAUCGGAUCUUCCAUUCAUAUUUUAGUCUCCCAAGAACGGUUUUUAAAACUGUUUGACCCACAAAUUUGGAGUCUUGUACUUUCACCUAAUUUGCAGGGUUCAAAAAGCAAUCGAUCGGUCAAGAUUAAGGGAGUUUUACUAGUUUUCGUUGGCGUUGUUAUCUUUAUUUAUCGUAUUAGCAAUCAAAAUAUGGUUGAAAGAAAAAAAUCUCUAUUUAAAAAGACUUUUUCCUAUACCGAUGAAUUGCAGUGAAUCCAUAACUGAUCAAGAUAGUGGUUAUUCUACUCUAAAUCGAUUGAGUAUUUUACUCCUUUCUUUUCCAAAAGGCAAAAAUCAAAUUGAUAUUGAUUUACUGAAUACGAACUAUAAUACUCGGGUUUUGCCAAUAAAAAAAAAACCUAACAUGCCUCAAUCAAAGUCAGAUUCGACGCAGGGGAAAAACUUUAUUAGAGAAAUUAUUAGACGAACUAGAACGGAAUUUAGAGAAAUUCCAAUGAAACUUCUUGGUUUAAAUCUGGUAUUAUUAAAAGAUAAAAAAUCGCUGGAGUUUCCUUAUGAUUCCACAAGAUCUAGUUCCUUACAAGUAAAAGAUUCCGGCCAACCGAAAGGAUCCUUGGAUAG